UUCGCGGAUCCCGCGCAAGUGAAACGACACUUUUCGCUGCGCGACUCUUUGGACAUGUCCGUGUAUGAAGCUCGGCCACCAAGCAACAAUUCCUGCAUGAAGAAACAAGACAUGUUUGAUCUGUCCAUGCUUGGCACGCCUUCCGCGUCCUCCAUGUCGCAACCGCAACCUGAGGAUGAUGACGGGAGCAUUGGAAUGAACAACUUCGCGAUUGGGUCACGCAUCCAGCGCUCGAUGAGUGCACCACCCAUUGCCGAGAAUGUUGGCCGAUUGCCGCCCCCCAUGUACGCUCAAAGCGAAUACGACGAGUCGCAGUUGGAUCCUAACAUGAGUCCCCCCGAGUAUUAUUACUACUACGCACCCAAGUCCCACAACCCCCGUUUUCCGAUCUCGUACAACAACUGGGAAGCAAUGCAGAGACAACACCAUGCUCGACAACCAACGACAUCAACGUUGCACCGCGUUCAAAUCUCCGAACGUCGACGCGGUGACAGUGAAGAGUCCACGGAUAGCCAGGCAAGUGUGUCGUCGAACAGAGACUUCGAGGCCGCCGUGGCCGCCGCCGGAGGACAUUCCGUGCACCAAUUUGCCAACAACCAAAUGCCAGAUCAGCGUCUCCCGUACUGCUUGUCCCCCACUGAGUCGUCCGACAGCAAUUCGUCCACUUCCUAUCGACCUCUGAACAAGACACUCAUCGAUCGGAUCCAAGAAGACUUUCCUCGAACUCCGUCGCCAGUGUUUGAUUACCCUCCGACCUCCAACAAAAUGAUGGACGAUGCACAUGCUAUGCGGUAUCCUGACUUGGUGGGGCGUCACGACUCUAUGGAACUCCCUUCCGACAUGCUUCAACGUAUGAACAUGCUGGACGUUGCGAACAGUGGCAAUCACGACGGUCGGUUCCGUUCCAAGUCGAGAGGCAACAAACUGUUUUUUCCUCCUGGCACAGGCGUAUUUCCUCCACCUGGAAUGAUCCCAAACCAACACCAUCACGGACGCUACCCCAUGUACGACCGAUAUGCUCGGGGCGGGGUGCCUGUUAUGCAAUGUCCACCGAGCUACAUGCACCAUCAGUACCAGGAUUCGUACGACCAUAAUUCCGUUCGAGGGCCGUCUCAUCCGGACAUUCGAUUGUUGGCACGAUGUGCUGACUAUGGCCACGACCAUUCAUCAUCGUCGUCGUACAAUGAUCGACGCCAUUAUGAUCUAGGACAAGUGGAGUAUCCAUCGUCGCGAAUGAACCCUCCGCGCGGUGCAGCGUCGUGGGAAGUCCACGUGUCGGACCACCACCGCGGUGACCAGUUGGGCAACCAAGCCUCCCAUCAUUCCCCCCGCAGCCACAUCCACGCGGCGCCACCCCCAUCGGUUCUGCUGCGUGCCAAGGCCAAACCUGCGACCCCCGUGGCUCCGCAGCCAAAGCGCAGCGCGCUCAUGGAUGACUUUGAGUGUCGAUCCAAAGCAACCGCGAAACCCAGCAAAUGGGAACUCGUGGAAGCGCGGGGACACCUGGUCGAGUUUGCCAAAGAUCAGGAUGGCAGUCGCUUCAUCCAACUCAAGCUCGAGUCGGCGACGCCGGACAUCAAGGACAUUGUGUUUAGCGAGAUCGCUCCCGUGGCCCUUCAACUCAUGACGGACGUGUUUGGCAACUACGUGAUCCAAAAGUUCUUUGACCACGGAAAUGCCCACCACAUCACGCAGAUCCUGCGCGUCAUCCAAGGCAACAUGUUGGACCUGGCCAUGCACAUGUACGGGUGUCGCGUGAUUCAAAAGGCGCUUGAAGCGACCGACGACCUCCCCCUCAAACUCGACUUGAUCUGCGAAUUGCAAGGCCACGUGCUCCACUGCAUCAAGGACCAAAACGGCAACCACGUGGUGCAAAAGGUCAUUGAAAUCCUUCCGUGGAAAGCAGUUCCAUCGUCGGUGGCCAUGAUGCCGCGCGCCGCCUUCUUGCUCGAGUCGUUUGUCAACAACGUGUACACCAUGUCCACGCAUCCGUACGGGUGCCGCGUGAUCCAACGUGUGCUGGAGAAAUGUUCCGAGAUGCAAAUGGCGCCCAUGCUUUGCGAAAUUCAAGACGCGUACGGACUCUUGGUCAACGACCAGUACGGCAACUACGUGAUUCAACAUGUGCUCAAGCACGGCCCGCCGUCGGAACGCGCGGCGCUGAUCAAUCGCAUCUACCCCGACAUCGUACGCCUUAGCCACCACAAAUACGCAAGCAACGUGAUUGAAAAGUGCCUCUUGUAUGCGUCCGUGGGCCAGCUGCGAGUGAUCAUGCAGCACAUCCUUAGCACCGACCACGGCGAGUGCCCGCUCCAGGUCAUGAUGAAGGACCAGUACGCCAACUAUGUCGUGCAAAAGCUCAUUGACGUGGCGGACGCGAACGAGCGCGACAAAAUGGCGGCUAUCAUCAAGACCCACGCCGCGCACCUCAAACGGUACACCCAUGGCAAACACAUUUUGAACCGCCUCGAAAACCUCACGGGCCACAAAAUCACGUAAUAUUGCUGCAUCUGUUGGACGUACCAUUACUACUACUACUACUAUUACUAUAUAUUAUUAAUAUGAAUUCUGUGGGAACUCUGGAAAAAUAAUAGUAUUCCGCGAUAGUACUGUAGUACAGUGUAUGACUAUUAAUAUAUACUACUAGUAUUAAAUAAACUAUUAAUAGUACUAACUUCCG